AUGGCGACAGUGUUAGCCGUGGGCGUUGGCGUCGCCGCCGCAGCUUUCUUCGGUCGCGCAGGCCUGGUCGCAUUGCGAAGGUCAAGAGGAGGCAUCAGCUCGUUGGGCAAGGCGUACUACAAGGGCGGUUUUGAGAAGCAAAUGAACAAAAAGGAAGCUGCCUUGAUACUCGAGACAUCAGAAGCGAGCAUAACCAAAGACAUCAUCCGCAAAAAGCACCGCCAAAUGAUGCUUUUGAACCACCCCGAUCGAGGAGGCAGCCCAUACCUAGCCACCAAGAUCAAUGAAGCAAAAGAGCUACUGGAGAAGGGCGCAAGAUAA